UGACUUCUCCUCCAGUGCCCUCAGGGGAGAUUGCGUGACAGCCGUAAUUUGACACUCCCAUCAGCAUCAGAAGCUGCUAAUGAGUGAGAGUUCCUCAAACAAAAGUUUAUGUAAGUUGCCUUGAACUGAGUCAGCAGCAACCAGGGAAUAGCGGUUUUCACCUUCACUUCUGCUGGAAAGAGACCUGUAGGCAACUGAGCUGAACCGGACCUGGAGCUUUUGGGAAGCAAACAGAACCAAAGAGGCAGUGACAGAUGGGAACCUUGGAGAAAAUCAACGACUCUGCCAGCGACUCUGUCAGCGUUGGUCCGAUAGAGUUUGACACGUGUAGCAAAGACGCAGGAGCAACAUGUGUCUCCAACCCCAGGAAUGUAUCUUCUGGGGUUGGAGCAGAACGAGGGGGCCCAUUCUUGCGUUCAAUCCCAACCAGAGAAUCUCUCCGAUCCCCUCGGGGGUCAGUGGUGAGUUUCCACGGCAUCCAGUAUUCCAUCAAGCAGUCCCGGGGACCCCUGUGCAAACGGAAAGUGGUGGAAAAGAAAAUCCUUCAAAACGUCUAUGGCAUCAUGAGGCCAGGCAUGAAUGCUAUCCUGGGACCAACAGGAAGCGGCAAAUCUUCCCUCCUAGAUGUUUUGGCUGCUCGAAAGGAUCCUGCCGGCUUGUCGGGGGAUGUUCUCAUAGAUGGUGUCCCACAACCUCCCAAUUUCAAGUGCAUCUCAGGAUAUGUAGUUCAGGAUGAUGUUGUCAUGGGAACAAUGACCGUGAGGGAGAAUCUGCUCUUCUCAGCAGCCCUGCGGCUCCCCAACUCUAUCAGCUUUCAGGAGAAGGAAGAGCGGGUAGUCCAGAUUAUCAAUGAGCUGGGGCUGAGCAAAGUGGCUGAUACUAAGGUAGGAACUGAACUGAUUCGAGGCGUGUCUGGGGGAGAACGGAAGAGGACUAACAUAGCAAUGGAACUGAUCACUGAACCGCCCGUGCUAUUCCUAGAUGAACCCACCACAGGCCUCGAUGCCAGCACUGCCAAUGCUGUUCUCCUCCUGCUAAAGAGGCUCUCCAGAAGAGGCAGAACCAUCAUUUUUUCCAUCCACCAACCUCGCUAUUCCAUCUUCAAGCUUUUUGAUAGCUUGACGUUGCUGGCUUUGGGGAAGGUACUCUAUCACGGGCCCGCAAAGGAAGCCCUGGGAUAUUUCCUGUCUAUUGGGUAUGAGUGUGAGCCUUUCAAUAACCCAGCUGACUUCUUCCUGGAUGUGAUCAAUGGCGACUCCACGGCUGUAACUGCAAGCAAAUGUGGUCAGAAACUGAAGGCCGACAAUCAGGAGCACAUGGAGACCAGUAAUGAAAAUGGCAUGGAAGAGGAAGGCGUGGAGAAGACACUGGUGGACUCCUUGCACGAGAAAUACAUCAGCUCCACCCAGUACAAGAGCAUGAUGGAGCAGCUGAAGAAAUAUGAAAAUCUCCACGGGGUCUCUCAGAAGAAGCCGAGGCCCAUGAAUCAAGUGACCUAUGCGAACGGCUUCUUCACUCAGCUCUACUGGGUGUCUCAGCGCUCCCUCAAAAACCUCAUCCGAAACCCCCAAGCUUCUGUGGCGCAAGUCCUUGUGACAGUUGUCCUGGCACUGAUUGUGGGGGCCAUUUUCUUUGGUGUAAAACUUGAUCAAAGCGGCAUUCAAAACCGAGUUGGAUCUUUGUUUUUCGUAACCACAAACCAGUGCUUCUCCAGUGUGUCGGCAAUCGAGCUGUUUAUCAAGGAUAAGAAGUUGUUUGUCCACCAGUAUACCAGCGGUUAUUACCGAGUCUCUGCAUAUUUCCUUGCCUUGAUGAUUGGAGACCUGCUACCCAUGAGGACUAUGCCUGCAAUCAUAUUUUCAUGUAUAAGCUACUGGAUGAUUGGCUACCAGGCUGAUGCGGGCCGAUUCUUCUUCUUCAUGCUGACUCUUGUGCUGUUGUGCUACACAUCCACCUCAAUGGCCCUCGCAAUCUCCGCAGGGAUGGACGUAGUAGCCAUUGCCAACCUCCUGAUCACCAUCUGCUUUGUCUUCAUGCUGAUCUUUUCUGGCUUACUGGUGAACCUUCCCACCGUCAUGGAUUGGCUGAACUGGCUGAAAUACUUCAGCAUUCCUAGAUACGGCCUCACGGCCCUUGAAGUCAACGAGUUUAGAGGGCUGCGUUUCUGUGCAAACGCCACAGGACCCAUUUCAUUGCAAAGCUGCCCCCCAAGUUCUCCUCAGACCAGAGAAAUGUGCUAUGGCGAAGAAUACCUCUGCGGACAAGGAAUAGAGGCUACCAACUGGGCAAUGUGGGAGAACAUUGUGGCUCUUAGCUGUAUGACAGUCAUCUUCCUCGUGAUAGCAUAUGCCAAACUGCGGUUCAUGAAGAAGUUCACCUAACGCGGAAAAGAUGACCUACAAGGCGGAGACAUUCAAGUCUUCCUAGGUCCAACUGGCAAAAGUCAUUGUUUCAAUUAACUGGGAGGACCAUACUGCACCAACCACUUUUUUUUUUACAUUGCUGAUAUUUAAUCUUUUUUCCCCUUGUAUGUUUCUCAGGAAAUUUGUUUAGAUCUGUAAUUAGUUUUCUUUGGGGAAGGGGGAGCACUUAGUAAACUGAGUCUGGGGACUCAGCUGCAAUGAAAACAUUUUAAGUGUGUUGCAAAGUACAUUAUGCAAAGGUGACACAAGAUGGCGAUCGUGAGCUACGACAAAAUCUGUAUAUUUUUCAAAAUGUUUUUUUUUAGCAUUUUCACAGCGUUUUUUUAAAAAUUGUGUCUAGAUUCCACUUGGGUAAAAAGGGCAGCCGCAGUUAAAUCUAAAGAAAACAGAGGGCAAGGGGAAAUCAAUAAAGGAGGCGAACCUAAAACGAUGCUGAAGAAAAAGUAUGUUUUUAUUUGAGAAAGCACUCCCAGUUGAUAGUCCUAGUGUGUUUCAAGUGUAAGCUGCCUUCCUCAGGAGCGCUGUGGGAAGCGACCUCCCAAAAGGUGAAGGGCAAGAUUCAAGCACCCUGUUCUGCUCGUGGGAAGACGGCUGCUAGUGCAAUGGGGCUUCCUCGCUCCCCUCAGGCACCCCAUCAAUCUGCUUCGGAGGGUCAGGAGGAACACCCCCCGCCCCGAACAGCACACAAAUGGAGCAGAGGGAAGAUUGUUCCAUCAGGCCAGCAGAAAUACUUGUGCUGACAGAAUGAUCUCCUUAGCGCUGUGCUGAAUUCCACCUAAAGAAACUUAUCGUUCAAGAGUACUAUUGCACAGAAAUGGAAACAGGAAGAAUUGCUGAUGAUAGAAGAAUAGCAGGCGAAGUUAAUGGACUAUGCAGAAUUGGAUAAGACGACAGGGAGAAUUCGAAAUCGGCGGGACCCGAGGUUCUUGAAAGAUUGGACUAAAUUUGGGGAAUAUUUGAAAAACAAUUGUAAACAACAAAUUACGCUAGUAGGUUUGCAAGAAGUUUUGUAAGGAGAACUAUAUGAAAUAUUACAGAGAAAAUAUAGGAAAAUAAAAAUUGGUGUUUUUUUAAAAAGUAAUAGUGAAUUAUGGAAUACAAGAAGAAUUUAAGAAGGUUGGAAAUCUUUAGAUGUGAUUGAUGGAAGUAAAAAAAAUAUUGUAUAAGACAUGAAUGAAUGUUAAAUGAUGUAUGGAAAAUUUAUGCAAAAACUUAAUAAUACACACACACACAUGCACACACAUAUACAGUGGUACCUCGGUUUAAGUACACAAUUGGUUCCAGAAGUCUGUACUUAACCUGAACCGUACUUAACCUGAAGCGAACUUUCCCAUUUGAAAGUAAUGGAAAGUGGAUUAAUCCGUUCCAGACGGGUCCACGGAGUACUUAAACUCAAAGUACUCAAACCGAAGUGUACUUAAACCGAGGUAUGACUGUAUGUAUAUGGAAAAGAAACUUAUCGUUCGAAAAAUUAUUGUAUGUCCAACUGGCAGGUGGAUAACUGGAAGUAACUUUUAUCUGUUCUUGCGCUAUCCGUUAUUCUUCUCUCUUUCUUUUUAUUCUAUGAUUAUUUCCUUUAAUAUUCUCUCUCUCUCUCUUUAAUAUUCUCUCUUACUGUAUUAUGGUAAGAUUGGAGGCCGGUGAAGAUAUUGAAGAGUAGGUGAAAGAUGCUGUGUGCUAGGCAGAGAAGGGAGGCGGUCGGCUGGGGAAAGAAAGCUAUAGCUUGUUUAGCUUAUACGUAAAUCCGUCACUGCUAGCACCCGCUAUAAUUCAGCAGAGCAAUGGAAAUUCUUAAUGGCUUCAGUUGUACUGGGCUACAUUUCUGCAAGCUGGCAACCUCAAACCACCCAACACCUAGGAAUUAUCAUCCCCUUUCUAAAUAACUUUGCCAGCCGAGUCUCAAAGCUGCCUUCCUGACACCAGCAUUGCCGUAGCGUCUCCUGGAUUGGCUCCACUGCAGCCCGAACCGGGUAAGCUACAGUAAUACUAGUGGUGGAACCCAACCACACCAGUCAGUGAGAUCAGUAGCAACCUAAAUGGGCCAAU